CUUGUAUUCCUUCGUUGAUGACAGGUCCCAGUCUCACCGACAAUAUGGUUUCCACUAGUUCCCACAGCCACAAAGUCAAAAUUGGCUAGGCAUAAGGUUAGGUUUAAAAUCGCAUUUUAUGAAAAUAAAUUGUAGAAAUAGGCGGGGUUUAUCACUUUGUAGCUGUUGUAACGACCAAUAAACAUGGCAACCAACGAGGGGUCAGAACCUGCAAAUGUUUAUAUUUCUAAAACAAACGUAGAUCGAGGCGAAGGAUACGACAAGAAAUGCAUAUUCUGCAAGGUUGUCAACAAUGAGAUGGGCACGGAGCUUCUUCAUGUUGACGAGGAGGUCUCGUGCUUCAGGGACAUCAAGCCUGGAGCUCCCCAUCACUACCUGGUUGUGCCCACGAGACAUGUUGGAAACUGUAAAUCACUCAGUAAAGAGCAUGUGUCAUUAGUAAAAAAGAUGGUGGAGACAGGGAUGGAGAUCCUUAAGAAGAACAAUGUCUUAGACCUCAGCGAUAUCAGGUUUGGCUUCCACUGGCCCCCAUUCUGUUCUGUCUCUCACCUGCACCUCCAUGUGUUGGCACCCGCCAGUCAGAUGGGCUUCAUGUCCCGCCUCUUCUACAGACCCAACUCCUAUUGGUUUGUCACGGCAGACCAGUUGAUUCAGCAGCUGAACUCUAAGGGAGAGACCAACUGAGUGGUGGGUUGCAGUCUAGGCUGGUCCAGUGAGAGACUGGGUUACCUUACUGGUAGUGAAGUGAGCAGGUCAGGACUGGUCUGGUCUCCCUCUGUGGUUCUCUGUGUGAGUGUACUGAACUCCCUAGCAGGUUACGGUGAGACUAGUGAUGAUGGUACAAAUCAACUCAACUGAGGUUUUUAAUUAUAGUAUCAAGCUGAACAGCCUAAUCAGAAAUGAAGCCAAGUAUAUUUUCCUUCCUUGUUAUUUUAUAGACUUAUUAAAAUGGCCAAUAGCUACGAAUUUUGUUUUUGGGCACAGAAAAUAAAAUGGUAAUGACUGGAAUGA